AUACACCUGCGCUUCAUACUCGCUCUUUCAUUCUAACAGCUCAGGAGCCUCAAAAGCACUUGGACUAAGGCUCGUCGUGAACAACAUCAUGCGCGUCUCUAAUCAAGAGUUUCUCACUCGCCUCGAAGCGCAGUUCGCAGCUAGCAAGGAGAAGCACACCAUCUUCCUGACAAAGAAACGUCUCAGUACAGAGUAUGACCUCGAGGGGGAUGCACAAAUGCAAGAGGCUUCUGCAAGCUCCAGCUCUCCCGGUCACACGCUCAUCUUCCGAGUGACCGAUGGCAAUGAGGACAAGAAGAAGCGUGUUAAAUUCAGCACUCUAGUAAAAGCACCCGAGCUCGAGAAGUUUGAAAUACUCUAUCUUCCGCUGAUGAAGGCGCAAAUGGCGAAUUCGUUGCGAAAGCGUGACAAAGCAAAAGAGCGCAAGGUAGACAAGCUGCUUGUUGCAAAGAAAAAGGAGAUCGAUGAGAAUGGUGGGAAGGUCAAGCUUGCCGGUGUUGGGAGAAAACGAGGCGCAGGGCAUCGGAAACGACAGCGAGCAGAGAAACGGGCAAGCAAGGUCAGGAAGGAUAAGGCGAUCGCACAUCAGCCCCAACAAGCAACAGCGCGACCCAGUGGCGCCUCUCACCAGUUAGCACAGGCAGCGCAACGAUGAGAUGGCGAGCAGGGAUGUAUUAAGGGGUGAAGCAUCCGAGCAUAAAGAAGGAACCCGCGUUGGUGUGAUACAGCUGAAGGAGCUUAUAAUAC